AUAAUCCCCCCAUACUUUAAUAUCCUUGUUUUUUUCCCUUUACCGCUCUUAAGUCUUAACCCAUGCCACCCAGCCAAUAAUCAAUCACAUAAAUCUUCUUGAUUUCUUUCACAUUUAUGCGAAUUUCAACUCUGAAUAUUCUCCUAUUCUCAUGGAAAUGAAAAUGCUAAAAUUUUAAGAAAUUAUUAAAAGGGGAGUAAGAGAAAGUUUGCAUAGUUUUGUUAAUUGGGGAUAAUUUUCUCCAAUUUUUCCCAACUUCAAAAGAAAUUGAAAUGGGUCUGUUUCGAGGUCUUUCUCAAAUUGGUUCAACUUUCUGUGUUUUUUAUGUUCUGGGUUUGAUUUUGAACCAAGCAUUGAUUUGUCAUGGAGGAACAACAAGUAAUUUUGUCAGAGAAGUUGAGAAAUCCAUUGAUAUGCCUCUUGAUAGUGAUGUCUUCUCUGUUCCUCCAGGCUACAAUGCUCCUCAACAGGUUCAUAUUACUCAAGGUGAUCAUGAAGGAAAAGCAAUGAUUGUUUCAUGGGUAACAAUGGAGGAACCAGGUUCUGAUAAGGUUGUGUACUGGAGAGAGAAAAGCAAGGAUAAGAGAUCAGCUAAGGGCAAAAUGUCAAAGUACAAGUAUCAUAACUAUACUUCUGGGUAUAUUCAUCACUGUACCCUCAGGAAUUUGAAGUAUGACACGAAAUAUUACUAUGAAGUAGGUGUUGGACAAACUCCAAGAACAUUCUGGUUCAAGACUCCGCCUAAAGUCGGUCCUGAUGUCCCUUACACUUUUGGUCUUAUAGGUGAUCUAGGACAAAGUUAUGAUUCAAACUCUACUCUAACUCAUUAUGAACAAAACCCGGUCAAAGGGCAAGCUGUUUUGUUUGUUGGAGAUCUUUCAUAUGCUGAUAACUACCCUAACCAUGAUAAUAGAAGAUGGGAUUCUUGGGCCAGAUUUGUUGAGAGAAGUGUUGCCUACCAGCCUUGGAUUUGGACUGCAGGGAAUCAUGAGAUUGAUUUUGCUCCUGAAAUUGGUGAAACAAAGCCUUUCAAGCCGUUUAAGAACCGGUAUCGCACACCUUAUAGAGCAUCAAACAGUACAGCUCCUUUUUGGUACUCAAUCAAGAGAGGCCCUGCUUACAUAAUUGUUUUAUCAACAUACUCUGCAUAUGGAAAGUACACCCCACAGUAUAAAUGGCUCGAAGAGGAGCUGCCAAAGGUUGACAGGAGUGAGACUCCUUGGCUAAUAGUUCUGGUGCAUUCCCCAUGGUACAAUAGCUACAAUUACCAUUACAUGGAAGGAGAGUCAAUGAGAGUCAUGUAUGAGCCCUGGUUUGUCGAACACAAAGUUGAUAUCGUCUUUGCUGGUCAUGUUCAUGCUUAUGAGAGAUCUAAACGUAUAUCAAAUAUCGGAUACACCAUUGUCAAUGGCGAAUGCAGACCAGUUGAAGACCAAUCUGCACCUGUUUAUAUAACAAUUGGAGAUGGAGGAAAUCUAGAAGGUUUAGCAACAAAUAUGACUCAACCACAGCCGUUUUACUCAGCUUUUCGAGAAGCCAGCUUCGGACAUGCCAUUCUUGAUAUUAAGAAUCGGACUCAUGCUUUCUAUAGUUGGCACCGUAACCAAGAUGGUUCAGCUGUGAAAGCAGAUUCAAUGUGGUUUUUCAAUAGAUUCUGGCAUCCUGUUGCUGAAACUUCUAGCGCUGUCAUUUAGUACUAUUGUUUUUAAACAUAUUGCCAGUAAAUCUCAUUUUCUUUUCAAUAUCUCUGUUGUCUAUUUGUGCACUUUGCUAUCAUAAGGUUUAUAUAUAAUGGUUUCAAGUGAGAUGUAAAAUUACAGAUCUA